UAAUAUUUUGGUUUGAAGAAUAAAGCUGCAGCGGCAAUUCAAAUUGGGGGAGAGAGAGAGACAGAGAUAGAGAGAUUUGGGGAGAUAAACGCGAUUCCAACACCGCGAGUUCCUCUGUAGGGUUUUCGACAUAGUUUUACUCUUCGUCACUUUUCCCUUUGUUCAUAUAUAUAUAUAUAUUCCAUCAUUUUAUUGUUCAAAUUCCUCGAAUUUGAAAUACUUUUCUGCCGGAGUCGGAAGAGGUUAUGAUCUGGGUUCGGUAGUUUAGGGUUCCUGAUUCGCUUCAUCAGCAGAGUUUUCCGAUUAGCUCGAACCUGAGCUUGUGGCGAGAGACGAUGCUGUCAAAGGCUGAUACUAAGAAGAUUGGGGAUCGUUCGGGCAAUGAGAAGUUGUUGAAUGAGAUAGAAACCAUAAGCAAAGCUCUUUACAUGAACAAAAAUACCUCGAGAAAUUCUAAUUCUAGUGCUAAUGCUCGACAAAGAUCUACUGGGAAAACGAAUUUGCCCGAUCCCAAGUCGAAGCUAAAAGGCGCUACUGAGGACUCAACACGCAAGGACAAGAAAUCUAUCUGGAGUUGGAAGACACUAAAGGCAUUCUCCCAUGUUCGAAACCGCAGGUUUAAUUGUUGUUUCUCUCUCCAAGUUCACUCCAUCGAGGGGUUACCUAUCGACUUUGACGAUUUUAGUCUAAGUGUGUACUGGAAGAGGCGGGAUGGUAUAUUGGUAACUCGUCCCAAGAAGGUCGUCCGGGGCAAGGUAGAAUUUGAAGAGCAGUUGAACUGUACUUGUACAGUACAUGGUAGUGGGAAUGGACCCCAUCAUUCCGCAAAGUACGAGGCCAAGCAUUUUUUACUCUAUGCUUCCGUAUAUGGUACUUCAGAGGUUGAUUUGGGGAAACAUCGGGUUGAUCUUACAAGGUUGCUUCCCCUAACAUUGGAGGAGUUAGAAGAAGAACAGAGCUCUGGAAAGUGGGCUACAAGUUUUAAAUUAUCUGGUAGGGCCAAAGGUGCCUCAAUGAAUGUUAGUUUUGGAUACACAGUGGUGGGUGAUAAUGUGACAACCCCUGUAAAUCAUAUCGGCGAUUCCUUGAAGUCAAAGCAGAAUAAGCAUGGUAUUGGGAAAUCCGAGAUGGUGUUUGGUGAAUCUGGUGGUAGAAGCAGAGUCCAGAAUACUGAGAGUCUUCCUGGAACGACGGACAAUCAUUCUCUUGUUACAUCACGGUCGGUAGAUGACAUAAAGGAUCUUCACGAGGUUCUACCAGUUCCAAAAUCAGAACUUGCCAAGUCGGUAGAUGUACUAUACCAAAAGUUUGAUGAUGAUAAAUUGGAUGCUUCGGUGGACAGUAAACCUGUGCUUGAUGUGUACACUGAAUAUUCUCAUCCAACAAAAUCUGAUUCUUGCCCUUCUUCUGCCCCUGAGAAUGAAAAUGCUGAUGGUGAUUGUGGUGCUGAGUUCUCAUUCGUUGAACGAGGGAUUGAAGUGCCAUCUGAGGAACAGGUGGAGAAAAUUGAUGUAAAAGAUGUUGAUGCUACUUCAGUUGGACGCCCUGAAAUUGACAAUGAAUUAUUGAUGUCUCAUGAAGAGGGUAGCAGGGUGAAUUUCCAGGAGGAGGAUACGCAAGAUAACUACACUGAGGAAGCCGUUGCAUGUAAUAGUUCUUCUAAUGAUUAUGAUAUUUGCACCAAAGAAUCGAUCAUGAAGGAGUUGGAGUCCGCUUUAAGUUGCGUGUCUGAGCUUGAGACAGCAGCAUUGGAGUCUCCUGAGGAGGACCAGGAGAAUAACUCAGAAUUUAAGUCAAGUGACGAAACGACCGGAAAGGCUAUGCCCCUUGAUUUAGAUGAUGACUUCUUGGAAAGUGAUUUCUUACGUAUGUUGGGGUUAGAACAAAGUCCAUAUGUCUUGAGUUCUGAGAGUGAGCUGGAGUCUCCAAGAGAGCGGCUGUUACGACAAUUUGAGGAGGAAGCUGUCGCUAGUGGUUAUUCAUUGUUUGAUUUUAAUAUUGAAGAUGAGAAUCAUCCAGCAUGCAGUCACAAUUUUGAUGCAAGUUCUGAGUUUGGGGUCAUGGCUGAUAUGCCUUUUGCUUUUCCGUCAACAGUGAAUGCUAAUGAAGACAUGUACUUCACAGAAAAUGAAGCAACGAGGAGUAAAAUGAAGGCAAAGAUGUUGGAAGAUUUGGAAACAGAGGUUUUGAUGCAUGAGUGGGGCUUGAACGAGGAAGCCUUUCAGCAGUCUCCGCCAAGCAGCUCUCGUGGGUUUGGAAGGCCAGUUGAUUUACCUUGUGGAGAUCCGUUUGAAUUGCCUUCUCUAGGGGAGGGAUUGGGUUCAUUUAUCCAGACAAAAAAUGGUGGGUUUUUGCGGUCUAUGAAUCCUGAGAUUUUCCAGAAUGCUAAGAGCGGUGGGAACCUGAUCAUGCAGGUUUCUACUCCAGUGGUAGUCCCUGCAGAAAUGGGUUCUGGGAUAAUGGAGAUACUACAGCGUCUGGCCUCAGUUGGGAUUGAAAAACUUUCUAUGCAAGCAAAUAAGUUAAUGCCUUUGGAAGAUAUAACUGGGAAAACAAUGCAACAAGUAGCGUGGGAAGCUGUCCCCACUUUGGAGGGUUCUGAGAGGCAAUGUAUGAUGCAGCAUGAAUUAGUUUUUGAGCAAGGUCCAUUUGAUAGAAGAAGAAAUUCCAUGGGAAGAUCAUCUGGUUCUAGGCAUGAGCAUGAUAAGUUUAGUUCAAACUCCCUGCGUGGUGGUGAGCCUGAGACCGAAUAUGUAUCCUUAGAAGAUCUUGCUCCACUUGCCAUGGACAAGAUUGAAGCCCUUUCAAUUGAAGGGCUGAGGAUACAGUCAGGAAUGUCACAGGAUGAGGCACCUUCCAACAUCAGUUCACAGUCUAUUGGAGAAUUUUCAGCUCUCCGGGGCAAGGGAAUCGACAUUAGUGGGUCCCUUGGACUGGAGGGAACUGCUGGAUUGCAGUUGUUGGACAUAAAAGACAAUGGUGAUGAUGUUGAUGGAUUAAUGGGUCUUUCUCUUUCUCUUGACGAAUGGAUGAGAUUGGAUUCUGGUGAAUUUGAUGAUGAAGAAAUUAUCAGUGAACAUACUUCUAAAAUACUUGCUGCUCAUCAUGCUAAUUCCUUGGACUUCAUUCGUGGUGGCACGAAGGGAGAUAGAAGGCGGGGAAAGGGGUCUAGCAGAAAGUGUGGUUUACUGGGCAACAACUUCACAGUAGCACUUAUGGUGCAACUCCGGGAUCCAUUGAGAAACUACGAACCAGUUGGUGCCCCUAUGCUUUCUCUUAUCCAGGUGGAGAGAGUGUUUAUCCCACCAAAACCUAAAAUAUAUAGCACGGUUUCGGAGUUACGAAACAACUUCGAAGAGGAUGAACCGGAGUUGGUUGCAAGAAUUGAGAAAAAGGAAGAACCAGAGGAGAAAACUUGUGAACAGCAAGGCGUUCCUCAGUUCAGAAUAACAGAAGUUCAUGUUGCAGGUAUCAAGACUGAACCCAAUAAGAAACUGUGGGGUACCUCUACCUCCAGCCAACAGAAAUCUGGUUCACGCUGGUUGCUCGCCAAUGGCAUGGGAAAAGGCAAGAAGCAUCCAUUUAUGAAGGCGAAGGCUGCUCCCGAAACUCCGAAGGUGCAGCCUGGAGAUAAAGAUUCGGAAUCCUUGUGGAGCAUCUCAUCUGGAUCUGGGGCUAAGUGGAGAGCCUUUUCUGCACUAAACCCUCUUGUACGGAACCCAAAUGUUUUAUUCCCGAGUGAAAAUUUCAGGUUAAGGUGACUGUACAUACACUGAUACACUUCAAAACUUCAAAGGGGAAAAUGGUGAAUGUAUUACCAUCAAAACUAAAAGAACUACGGGAAGAAUCUGUAUUGUCGUAUAAAUAUGCAUAAAUUACAAGGUCGAGUGGCUUUCUCCUGUCAUCAUCAUUGUAAUUGUUUGCGCACUGAAAUUUAUGAUUUUUAGAUCAUAUAACUGAG